UGUGACUGAUAAUGUCGGCGACCCUCUGGUGAUCAAGUGUGGGGUUUUAUGUCUGACUGUUAAUUUCAAAGCCUGGAGAAUUGCCGUGAUGGCUUUUUCAGCUGCUACUUAUGCUAAAGGAAACUUUGGAAAGGUGUAUAAAGUAACCUACGGAAACACCCAUGCAGCUCUUAAGAAAGUGCCUUCCACUUCUGUAUCUAAACAAGAAAUUCAGAAAGAGAAAAAUAUAUACUGGUCACUGAAUCACUCCAAUGUGGUGAAGCUCCUUGCUGAGCCCUGGCUGGACUCACGGGGCAUGUGGAAUAUCCCACUGGAAUUAAUCUCUGGGAAAACUCUGGAAAAGCUAAUGUUCAGCCCACAAUCAAACAUGGAGCUAACGAAGCCUGUCAUGGUCACCAUUAUCAAAGGCAUGUGUGAAGGCCUCACUUAUAUGCACAGCAAGAAUAUCGUUCACCAGGACCUCAAGCCUGACAACAUCAUGGUGGAAUACAGCACUUACCGGGCCGUCAUAAUUGACUUAGGCCUCGCCAGAUUCCAGAAGAACGGGCUUUGCUUUGGCGUAGAAGGAGGCAAUUUGUGUUACUCUGCUCCAGAGAUUUUCCAAGGGAAACACAGAGACCAGUACUCUGAUGUGUGGGCAAUGGGUAAAAUCAUAACAGAGCUCCUGAUCGUGCCCAGAGCGAGACUCCCUCCGACCAUCGACACUGUCUAUGUGUUUGGAGUCAUGGGUAUGAAUCCUUACAGUUUCCCCCUCUCUAGAAUGGUGGGCAGCUUUGUUAUGCUCAGACCUACAAUGCAGCAGGUCUUAGGAAAUAUUCUUGAAGCAGGAAAGAGGUGGAUUAUGUUUAGCAACGUUUUAGGGAAUAUGGGAAUAGCUUUUUAAACAACUCUCAACUCUCAAAAAAAAAAUCUGGUUACUGAAGUUUAUCAGUGAUAAACUUAUUCCCAACUCUCUUAGUUUUGGGAAUAGGUUUAUCACUGAUAAACUUCAGUAACCAAAUUUUUGAAAAUUUUAAUUCUAUGGCCAGAAAUAAAAAGAGGCCAAAUGAUUUUGUAAAUGUAUGUUUGAAUGAUAAGAAAGAAUAUAACUUAGUUUUACUGUACUUUUUCUUGUGAUUUAUAAAUUAUACAGAUCAUAUUUUUUUUCCAGUACAUGUAGUUUAUUGGUUGAUUAUGAUCAGUGUCAGAUUAGUGGAAUAAGUUAAAUAAAUCAGUGGUGUUGUUCAUUUUAAUAUACUGGUUGAUGAUUCAUUUUAGUUAAUUUUUACUGAUUCGAUUGAAAUAUAAGCUGUUUAUUAUCAACUUUGUUUCAGAAAUGGAAAAAUGGAAAUGUGGAAAGUGCAAUUAUUUGCAGUUUGUAGUUUCACCACUAGAGGGUGUGUUCAAUCACAAAAAAGUUAUAAAACGCUCUUUCAAUUGCAGCCAAGUUGGUUUAAUUGUAGAUAGUGUUGUAAGUAACACACGCGCACACACACACACACACACACACACACAAACAGUAUGAAAGGGUGUGAUUUUAGUUCUUGUGUUUCUAUGUGUUUCUAAGGCAUUUUCAGAAUGUGUCAUUCUCUUGCCAUGUUAAAGAAACCUGUCCAUUUACAAAAAUACA